AUGUAUAACUCGUCAAGAACGAGUUCAGGUGCUGAUGAUAUGAGCCAGGAUACCCUGUAUCAGUACAUUUUACUGACUCAGCAACAAGCAUUCGAGAACACUCGACGGCUCCGUGAAGCAAAAUCAGACAUUACCAAGGCUGAGGCAAAAAUCAAGUCUUUUACAGAAAAUCUGGAGCAGGCGCGUACUGAAUUGGAAGAGAAGGCUCGGCUCGAGUCUGAAAUGAAACUGCAGCUCAGUUUGAUCAAGAGGCAACAAGAAGAACUAAAAAAGGAGACAGAGGACUUCUUGAAGCAACAGAGUGGGCUCAGACGGGAAAUGAAGCGAAUAAACAAAGAGGCAGCAGAGGAGAGAGAGAAGUUCAUGAAAGCGUUCAGAACCUUCAUCAGCGAUUAUAACCUUUUGAAAGUCAACAAUGUCGUGUUCGAGAGUCAGACCAGAGCUAAAAUACUAAAGUGCUAAAGAGCUAAAAUAUAGAGUCUCGAGGAGGAAUCUGAGGCACAAA